AUGAAGAUUAGUUGUCGAAAUAAUGGCAACUUGACUGUGGAGCAAUUUAUUAAAGAGCAUAAUCAUUAUCUUUCAAGUCCAAACAAAACUCAUCUCUACAAAUGUCAUAGGAAUAUAUCUUCUUCUGUGGCGAUACAGAUUGAGAUGACAAGUGAUGUGGGAAUCCCCCCAAAAGCAUCUCAUGAUCUUAUGGUGAAACAAGUAGGUGGGAGAGAGAAUUUAGGUUUUAUUCCUGAAGAUUACAAAAACUACUUGCGAUCCAAAAGAACAAGAAAUAUGAGAGUUGGUGAUACAGGAGGUGUAUUGGAGUUUUUGCAGAAAAUGCAGUUCGAUGAUCCCAAUUUUUUUUAUGCUAUUCAAGUUGAUGAAGAUGAUUUGAUAACUAACAUUUUUUGGUGUGAUGCUAAGAUGAGAGCUGAUUAUGGAAAUUUUGGAGAUGUUGUUUGCUUUGACACAACCUACAGGAAGAAUAAUGAAGGUCGCCCAAUUGCAUUGUUCGUAGGUGUUAAUCAUCAUAAGCAAUCCAUAAUUUUUGGUGCAGCUUUAUUAUAUGAUGAAACAUCUUUGAUAUUUGAAUGGUUGUUUGAUACAUUUACCAAGGCUAUGUAUGAGAAAAAACCAAUAACUAUUCUUACAGAUCAAGAUGCAGCAAUGGCAAAGGCUUUAGCUUCCAGAUGGCCUAAAACACAUCAUCGUUUGUGUAUUUGGCACAUUUAUCAAAAUGUCGCAAUACAUUUGAGUAGAGUUUUUUCUCAGUUCAAAGAGUUUACUAAAGAUUUUGCCUCAUGUAUUUAUGAUUUUGAUGAAGAGGAAGAUUUUAUUACAGCUUGGAACAUAAUGUUGACCAAUUUGGAUCCAAAAGCUUGCACCAAUUUGCGAUAUAAAGAAUUAAGUGGGUUGUAUGUUCAAUUGGUAACCAAGGCAGCGGAGAGGGAAGACACUUACAAGGUUGUUAAAGAUGGUUUGUUGAGUAUGUUUAAGAUGGUGGAUGAGAGGUUACAAGUUAAUAAACCAACUACCCAAGACUCAAUUGAAAAAGAGAUCGAAAUUGGUGAAGGAAAUGCUCUUGGAGUCAAAGGAAUUAAAACAAAGAAGAAAACAGUUUCAGGUAAGAGGUUGAAAGGUGGCUUAGAUAAGAUUUCAAAGAAAAGGAAAGCAGCAAGAAGAACGAACCAAACUUCAACAGUUGUUAAGGAUGUAGAAGAGCAUUAUGAAAGUAUAUCGAGCAUGCCAAGUCCUACAAAUUAUAGCUGUGUUGAAGGUUUGAGUAUGACCGAAACUCAAUUUCCACCACUUUUGUCAACACAACUGUCUCAGGUUCACUCUGAUAAUGAUUAUUUUCAGACAAGUAAUCGGGAAGGAUGGUGCUUCAAUGGUGUGAACGUUGCUACAAUGGAAUGCACAUCAACUAAAGAACACCACAAAGAGUGA